UGAUAUACUUUUUACAUGACUAAACAAAUUUGUAUAAAUUUAAUAAUUUUAACUUCUUCCCAAAUCAGGCAUUUAAUGGUUUAUCGGCCAAAAACGUUGCUAUCACUAUGUCUAUACAUAUUAUAUAUUAAAGAUAUAGUAAGUGUGACCCUCCUGUACUCAUGGUCUUAGGCGAGCACUUACCCGGCCUACUCCUCGAGCCAACAGUGACUGUCUUUUAUUAUGAUUUUACUAACCUCCGAAAUAUGUUCAAUGUGAGGUGAUGUAAUAUUGCUUAAAGAAUGCUGCAUCGCUGUACAAACUAAUUUGAAGAAGAUGGUUGUUUUAGUAUACUUUUACAUGAAUAAACAAAUUUGCAUAGAUCUUAUAAUUUUAACUUGCCAUCCAAAUCAGACAUUUAAUGGUUACCAAUAACGUAACUACCAUGAUAUGGGGAAUUAGCUGCCAAUGCCAUCAUGCGGUCUCCAGAAAAUCAGAAUGAGCGUUGCCUAGAUACUGAAUUAAGAUUUAAAGAAUGAGAAAAUGAUGAAUUAAAUUUUAGUAAAGAUGAAUGCCUCAUGUUAUUCUUAUUGUUUGACUACUGUAGCAGAGUGUUUCUCAUAUAGGGUGAUGCAUAUAUCUGUCCAAUUAAUUAAACAAAUGCUGUGCAUCAUUUCCAUCAUCAAGCUCAUCAAUAAACAAGUCAAUUAAUGAUUUGAGGUUGAAAUGUGCACUGUAGAUGUGCAACAAAGUAUGAAGGCUUUGGCUUCACCUAUUUAUUUGACACAAAAAAGCGGCCAUUCUUACAAUGUGCACUCUUUACGGGUGCAUAUCAUAGAUUUUCCCUUUUGUUUAUAAAGAGGUUGUGUGGCUAGCUUGGAUACCAGGGGCAGGAGAACUUUGUAUUUUGAGUCUUGCACCUCAGACUCAGUGUGGAAAGUUAACUAAUAUUUGCCAACUCUAGUUUUUGUGACUGAGGGUUUAACUUACGAAUGCAAAUUGCAAGAAUUGAGCUAUAACAACAUGUUAAAUUAUCACCAUUCCCAAAAGCUUAAGAUGUCAGGACUAAAGCUAAACAAUUGAUAUUAAGCCUAUCCAUCAGAACUGCCAGCCACUUCCCUUGUAUUGUAAGUUUCUCGAGUUUCCAAAGUGGCUAUAAAGUUGGAUUGUUUUCUUUUUUAAUUACUCAGGUUUGUUUGGGAAUGAUAUGAAUCUUUUGAAUUUCCAUGAUCUUCUAUAAUUGUUUAUCCCUAUCAUGAUGGUCCUAUGUAGCUCAUCUCCAUCCAAUCCAAUCCAGUCAAAUCCAAUGCUGUGAGGAAUAAAUUUGAAGCAGCACCCUGAAUUUCAACUGUGAUUCAAGAUAUCCAAGGUAGUGACAGCUACCAGUUGGAGAACAAGUACACAAGUCGUCAACAACAUGACCAUGAGAGUGGCUUCAAUGAAAAUACAAAUACAGUGAAGACCUCAGCAUCGGCACAACAUUCACCACCAGGGAUGGAGAGAGAGAAAACCACGAAAAAUUCUAGUGGCAGUAUACAAGAUUUAGACAAGAUCCAAAAGGAAAAGGAAGUCACCAAUACUGUUCCAUUAUACGAGCUGUUCUCCUUUGCGGACUUCACUGACUAUGUAUUAAUGCUUGUGGGAACAAUGGCUGCUAUUGGAAAUGGCAUCUGCAUGCCUCUUACGUCUGUGCUAUUGGGAGAGUUAAUUGAUUCCUUCGGACAAACUGUGAACACCAAACAAGUGGUCCAUCAAGUUUCCAAGGUAUCUCUCAAGUAUGUUUACUUGGCCCUGGGGUCGGGUUUUGCAUCAUUUUUCCAGGUGGCAUGUUGGAUGGUCACAGGGGAAAGACAAUCUGCGCGUAUUAGAAGUUUAUACUUGAGAACUAUAUUGAGACAAGAAAUUGGAUAUUUUGACAAGGAAACUACCAUUGGAGAAAUCAUUAGUAGGAUGUCAGGGGAUACCUUUCUCAUUCAGGAUGCCAUGGGUGAAAAGGUUGGAAAGUUCAUACAGCUGGUAGCUUCAUUCUUGGGAGGCUUUGUACUAGCCUUGAUCAAGGGAUGGCUUCUCACCCUUGUCUUGCUAUCUUCAGUUCCACCUAUUAUCAUCUCUACUGGCAUCAUGAUGAUUAUUAGAGCAAAGAUGACAUCCCGUGGACAAAUAGCAUAUUCUUUAGCAGGAACUGUGGCUGAACAGACAAUUGGCUCAAUUAGAACUGUUGCAUCAUUUACAGGGGAGAGGCAAGCUAUAAAUAAAUACAAGAAGUCUCUUCUUAAAGCUUACAAAUCUGGUGUGCAAGCGGGCUUGGCUCUUGGUUUGGGUACUGGUGUAUUUAUGUUUCUUUGGUGCAGCAGUUAUGCUUUGGCAGUUUGGUAUGGUGCUAAAAUGAUAAUAGACAAGGGCUAUACAGGAGGACGAGUAAUGAUUGUCAUUUCUGCUGUGUUGACUGGUUCUUUUUCUGCGGGGCAUGUAUCACCCUGCCUCAGUGCAUUUGCCUCUGGACAAGCUGCAGCUUUCAAAAUGAUUGAGACCAUUAAUAGGAAGUCAGAGAUAGAUCCUUACGACACCAAUGGACAGAAAUUGGAUGAUAUCUGUGGGGAUAUUGAGUUAAGGGAUGUCUAUUUUAGUUAUCCGGCAAGACAAAAUGAGCUUAUUUUCAGUGGAUUCUCUCUCUCAAUACCAAGGGGAACAACUGUUGCUUUGGUUGGACAAAGUGGAAGUGGAAAGUCAACAGUCAUCAACUUGAUUGAAAGGUUUUAUGAUCCUCAAGCUGGUGAAGUUCUUAUAGAUGGUAUCAAUGUUAAGGAGUUUCAGCUUAGAUGGAUCAGAGGAAAAAUUGGUCUCGUUAGCCAGGAACCUGUGUUGUUCACUUCAAGCAUUAGAGAUAAUAUAGCAUACGGAAAGGAUGGAGCAACCAUUGAAGAAAUUAAAGUUGCUACUGAGCUUGCCAAUGCUGCUAAGUUCAUUGAUAAACUACCCCAGGGACUAGACACAAUGGUUGGUGAGCAUGGAAUUCAAAUGUCUGGGGGUCAGAAGCAGAGAAUUGCUAUAGCAAGAGCUAUUUUGAAAGACCCCAGGAUUCUACUUCUUGAUGAAGCUACAAGUGCUCUUGAUGCCGAAUCUGAAAAGAUUGUGCAAGAGGCAUUGGAAAGGGUUAUGAUCAACCGAACAACCAUCAUUGUAGCCCAUCGCUUAGGGACAGUGAAGAAUGCAGACAUGAUUGCUGUAAUUCAUCGAGGAAAAGUUGUUGAAAAAGGUUUGCACUCUGAGUUAGUACAGGAUCCAGAAGGAGCAUUUUGCCAGCUUUUACGCUUGCAAGAACUUAGCAAAGACUCAGAACAAAAAAAUGCAGAUGAUUGGGAUGGACCAGAAAUCAUUGUGGAUUCUGGAAGACAUUCAAGUCAGCAAGUGUCCUUGAGAUCCUUAAGUCAAGGUUCAUCUGGAAUUGGCAACAGUAGCCGCCACUCAUUCUCCAUUUCAUUUGGUGUACCCACUGCAAUCAACUUCCUCGAGACAACAACUGCAGAACCCACAACUCCUGCUUCAGCAACAUUGCAGGCGGUGGUCCCACAAGUCCCACUUUGCCGGUUGGCCUAUCUGAACAAGCCAGAAAUCCCAAUAUUGAUUAUAGGUUCAGCUGCUGCAGUGAUCCAUGGUUUAAUAAUGCCAAUUUUUGGACUACUUCUUGCCAGCAUAAUCAAAAUCUUUUACAAGCCACCUCCUGAGCUUCGAAAGGAUUCAAAAUUCUGGGCAUCAAUGUUUCUUGUGCUUGGUGUGGCAACUUUAUUGGCAACACCGGUAAGAACAUACUUUUUUUCUAUGGCAGGAUGUAGGUUAAUAAAACGUAUUCGAUUAAUGUGCUUUGAGAAACUGGUUCACAUGGAGACAAACUGGUUUGACGAAGCAGAGCACUCAAGUGGUAAAAUCAGUGCAAGGCUUUCUGGGGAUGCUACCCUUGUGACAAAUUUGGUUGGAGACUCACUUGCUUUGAUUGUUCAGAAUGCUGCAACAGCAAUUGCUGGCUUGGUUAUUGCUUUCCAAGCAAACUGGCUACUGGCUCUUAUUAUUCUAGUCACGGUGCCUCUAAUAGGACUUAAUGGAUACAUGCAGGCGAAGUUCUUGAGUGGAUUCAGUGCUGAUGCAAAGAAAUCAUUCGAGGAUGCAAGUCAGGUUGCUGGUGAUGCAGUUGGGAGUAUUAGAACAAUUGCUUCUUUCUCUGCUGAAGAGAAGGUGAUGCAGCUGUACCAAAUGAAAUGUGAAGGCCCAAUGAAGGCAGGAAUAAGACAAGGUUUAGUUUGCGGGGCAGGUCUUGGGUUCGCCAUUUUCUCACUGUUUUUAGUCUACGCAGCCUGUUUUUAUGCUGGAGCUCGACUUGUUGAGGCUGGCAAGAUGGACUUUGCUGCAGUUUUUCGAGUUUUCUUUGGUCUCACUAUGACAACCUUGAGUAUAUCGCAAUCCGUGGCCCUUGCUCCGGAUUUAAGUAGAGCUAAGAGUGCUGCUGCUUCUAUCCUUGCUAUUCUAGAUCAGAAAUCAAAAAUAGACUCAAGUGAUGACUCCGGAACAACAUUAGAAAAUGUAUGGGGAGACAUUGAGUUUCAGCAUAUCAGUUUCAAGUAUGCCACUAGACCUAAUAUUCAAAUUUUUAGGGAUCUUUGCUUGACCAUUUCCUCUAACAAGACUGUUGCCCUGGUUGGAGAAAGUGGAUGCGGGAAGUCAACAAUAAUAUCUUUGUUGCAAAGAUUUUAUGAUCCUAAUUCGGGUCAGAUUACCCUAGAUGGAGUUGAAAUCAAAAGGCUUAAGUUAAAAUGGUUAAGACAACAGAUGGGGCUGGUUAGCCAGGAACCUGUCUUAUUCAAUGAAACCAUACGAGCCAACAUUUCGUAUGGAAAGGCAAGCAGUGCAACGGAGGCAGAAAUUAUAGCUGCAGCAGAAUUGGCAAAUGCUCACAAGUUCAUUAGUGGUUUACAACAGGGGUAUGACACGGUCGUUGGAGAGCGAGGGAUCCAGUUGUCUGGCGGGCAAAAGCAGCGAGUGGCGAUUGCCCGUGCUAUAGUGAAAUCUCCAAGGAUAUUACUACUGGAUGAGGCUACCAGUGCUCUUGAUGCUGAGUCUGAGAAGGAGGUUCAAGAUGCAUUAGAUAGAGUUAUGGUGGACAGAACCACAGUGGUGGUGGCUCAUAGGCUAUCCACAAUUAUAGAUGCAGAUUUAAUAGCUGUGGUUAAAAAUGGAGUCAUUGCAGAGAAAGGAAAGCAUGAUACCUUGAUGAAUAUCAAUGAUGGAAUUUAUGCCUCUUUGGUAGCCCUACACACAAGUGCUUCAUCAUAGAAAGCUACUUUUGUAUUACUCUGUCCAUGUUUUUAAGAAAGAAGUAUCCCAUUAGUAUAAGAUGGGCUUAAUGACUAAGAUCAUUCCUAUUUUCGCUAUUGUGUGCAUUUUUCUUUUUAAGUAUCAUGUGAUUGUAAUGUGAGUUUUCUUUCAAAACACAUGGAAGAAAAGGUUUUUGUAUUAGU